AUGGGCGCGUACAAGUACCUUACCGAGCUGCAGAAGCGCAAGCAGAGCGAUGUCCUCCGCUUCUUGCUCCGCGUCCGCUGCUGGGAGUACCGCCAGCUCAACGUGAUCCACCGCGCCUCGCGCCCGUCGCGCCCCGACAAGGCCCGCCGCCUCGGAUACAAGGCCAAGCAGGGCUUCGUCGUCUACCGCGUCCGUGUCCGCCGCGGUAACCGCAAGCGCCCCGUCCCCAAGGGUGCGACGUACGGCAAGCCCACCAACCAAGGUGUGAACCAGCUCAAGUUCCAGCGCUCGCUCCGCUCGACCGCCGAGGAGCGCGUCGCCCGCCGCUGCGGCAACCUCCGUGUCUUGAACUCCUACUGGAUCAACCAGGACGGAGUCUACAAGUACUACGAGGUCAUCCUGGUCGACCCCUCGCACAAGGCCAUCCGCCGCGACGCCCGCAUCAACUGGAUCUGCAACCCGGUCCACAAGCGCCGCGAGUCGCGCGGCCUCACGUCGGCCGGAAAGCAGAACCGUGGCCUCGGCAAGGGUCACUCGUACACGAAGAGCAACCGCCGCGCCCACUGGAAGCGUACGAACACGCUCUCGCUCAGGAGGUAUCGCUGA